CUCCAGCCACUGCAGCCAGACUCUUGUCUGUGCCAUGUGAGAGUGGAGCUGAGAGGAACUGCCAAACAACGUGCUGGCCUCUUUCUGUACGAGCAGUGUCCUGUACUGACCUGAGAAGUGAUCCAGGAACAACAAUUACAUGAGGACAAAUUCAGAGCCCAUUUUACAAGAUUUUGUGCAACCUUAAACUCAUGUUAAGCCUAGACUUUAAUUAUGAGCGUGAAGGAUUAAAGAUCAUAUGGCUUGUUAAACUCAUGUUCCCAGGCUGUAUUUGGUCUUGUAUCUGACUCUGAACCGCUUCAGGAAAGCAAAAACAAUACAGGAACUAUACAUGCCUACCUUUGUGAGCCUGUCGAGAAAGCAUUCGAUGCCUCCUCUCCUCCAAGAGUUGCUUGCCAUCGUUCUCCUUGCUGAUAUUUGAGCUUGGCUCGCAGUGAUGAUUGCUGUUGCUCAGCGGCAACAGCAGUUAGCAAGAACUUCCUGUUCAAAACUAUUUGGGAAAUUCCCAGGCUCGUCCAAUUCAAGCUGACGUCUCCAAAACCUCGUGUCUUUUCAAAGGAAAAUAAUUUGUCUUGUUUUGGAGUGUUACGCCCACCAAAUCCCCACCCUGGGACCGAGGGAGCCCACAGGCUUGCUGCGACGCGGCCAUGCCUCUCGCUGUGUCGGUCAGCAUCGACCCAAAGACUGUUGCGACUGUUCAAGUGCCUUUUUCUAACCAAGAACGCACCAAACUUCCGGCCUCCUCAUCUGCUCAGGAGCAAGCGAACUUAACCAAGAGCCAAUCCGCAGCCAUGCCAAGACAGCCACCAAAGUUUAAUGGCAUUCCAAGUGCAAUCAAGUCAGCGGGGGCGAAGCCCGUUUGCAGCAGCGCCAUGGACACAGGCGACCAUUCUGCUUCCGCCCUCAAAAGGGAAAUCCUGAGCGGUGACAACUUGCAACCAGUCCAAGGACCUCCCUCUAUGCAAAUGAAUAAGUCCGAGCUUGAAACUGCAAAACUCUCCUUGACACCUUCAGUGCCUCCCGUAUGCCUUGCUCCUUUUGAACUCCAAGGGGCAAAGAUGAGAGAGGAUGCCUCCAGCCUUGACGCCAAAGUGGAAAUGAGCAAGAGCCUUCUGGUGCCUAAUACCAACCAGCGGAACGCAGCAGCAAAGUUCUGCCAGACACAACAUGGUCAUGUUAAAUCAGCUGCAGUUAACAAUCCUCUUCAAGUCAUAGGUGUUUGUCCACUGCUAGUUCGUGGUAAGCUUCAAACGGCGACAGCCUUGGAUGCAAACAAAUUCCCACAAAGUGUGCUGGACAGAAAUGGAACUGUAUGUGGGAAGCUCAAUGGUCACAUGCCAAAUGGCCUCAAUGUCAUUGCCACACAAAAGGAGAAGCUUGGGCUGACGAAGACCCUCCCAGGCGCUUUGAUGGGCUCUGUGACCACCAAGAUCUCUGCCAUCCACCUGACCAAGCAUGCACAAGCCGCCUGUGUCCCUUCUAUGUGCUUGUCCUCCACUCCCUCUCAGUCUGAGGCCAGCGAUGAUGGCUCAGAGUACGUCAUGCAGGUGGACAACAAUGUUGAGGAGGAACUGCCUUACGAGUUGGAGAACGCCUGCAGCGAUGAUGAUUUUUCUGAGUCAUCCUCUGUCAGUGUUACUUCAUCCGCUCAGUCUCUUCUGCGCCUGUCUGGUGUUAAAGAACCCAUGUCGUUGGAGGUGGAGGAUAAUCAGGGAAAUAAACCGGCUCUCAUUCCCAGCCUGUUCCCGCUCAUCUCUCCCACACUCUAUUUCAGUACUGCCAAUGAACAAGUUGAAAUGCUCCCUGAUGAGCAAAUGCAACUUUUAAAAUGGAAGAUUAGCAGUGUCACACCCAAUGUUGUGAAAAACGCCAUCACCAGGUCGCACUUCAUACAUACCAAGAAAAGCAAUGACUGGUUGGGCUGCUGGGGCCACCACAUGAAGUCUUCUUGUUUCAGAACUCUUCAAGAGCACCAGAAGUUGAACCACUUCCCGGGAACAUUCCAGAUUGGCAGGAAGGACCGUCUGUGGAAGAAUCUGUCCAAGAUGGCGUGUCGCUUCGGCAAGCACGAGUUCAACUUUUUCCCACGCACGUUUGUCCUUCCUCAGGACAUCCUGCAGCUACGCAAGGCCUGGAAGGAUGGGUCCAGACAGAAGUGGAUCAUUAAACCUCCCGCCUCGGCCAGAGGAACAGGAAUCCAAGUCAUUCACAAAUGGAGCCAGAUGCCGCGCAAGAAAUCAUUUCUGGUCCAGAAGUAUCUCCACAAGCCCUACCUCAUCAGUGGCAACAAGUUUGACCUGCGCAUCUAUGUCUAUGUGACAUGCUACGACCCUCUCAGAAUAUAUAUCUUCUCAGAUGGACUGGUCCGCUUCGCUAGCUGCAAAUAUUCGUCCUCCAUGAAGACGCUGAGUAACAAGUUCAUGCAUCUGACCAACUACAGCGUCAAUAAGAAAAAUUCUGAGUACCAGGCUAACAGCGAUGACAAAGCCUGCCAGGGACACAAAUGGACUGUGAAGGCCUUGUGGCAGUAUCUUGGCUCCAGGGGAGUAAACACCAUCUUGAUUUGGGAGAAGAUAAAAGACAUUGUCAUCAAAACAAUAAUUGCGUCAGAACCAUACGUGAACUCUCUGCUCAAGAUGCAUGUACGCACACCUUACAGUUGUCAUGAGCUGUUCGGCUUCGAUAUCAUGCUAGAUGAAAACCUGAAACCUUGGAUCCUAGAGGUCAACAUUUCACCCAGCCUCCAUUCCAACACAGCGCUGGAUGUUUCCGUCAAGGGGCAAAUGGUCCGAGACCUCUUGAACCUGGCGGGCUUUCGUAUUCCUCAAAGAGAGGAUGUGGUCAUCUCAAGUGGAAGCACCUCCAGCUCCAGUAGCAGUGUAAGCAAGGAGUCGCCCAAUCUGGAGGUCUCUGUUGACGAGAAGGUCAAACGUGCCUUUUACCUCAAGCAGCGCUUUGCUGACCAGGGAAUCUUGGCGACAGUGUUGGAUGUUUUGACUCCCAACGAUGUCCGCAUGCUCGUCGAGAGCGAAGAUGAGUUGAGCCGCCGCGGGGAAUUUGAGCGCAUUUUCCCAUCGCAGUCGUCAUCCAGAUACCUGCGAUUCUUUCAAUGUCCACGAUACCUCAGCAUUGUGUUGGACCAGUGGGAGCGCAAGUACUGGAACAACAGGACAAAAGGUGUCAUUCUGCUCAGGCCUUUGUGUCAGAAGGGAGUCCAUCUUGGUACCACUGAUCCCGCUCACAUGUGGUCCAAGUGUAGCUACAUAUCCAAAUUUGAACACCACAGAGAAGCACCUGUCAACCCUUCUAAAUCCAGGGUGGUGGUCAUCCACCAACACCAGUCGGAUCACAUGGAACUGGAUGAAGGCUCAGACGGGGACACCUUUGUUCCCAGUUCGCCCACUUUGCAAAGUCCCGCAUCCAGUGCCGACAGCAGUGCCUGUGCCAGUCCUCAGCCCAGCCUAUGAGGCCUUCCCACAUGCUCACCUCAUGCUCAGGGUCUUCUACUGCUAUUGCUAAAGUCCUCCCCUCGGAUCACUUUGAGCAAGAUCCAAACCCACAAUUCAGAUCAUUUUAUUCUAACUGUUGGUUGUUGGUACCCCCCACCCCCCCAAAAAAGGGUUCCAAACAUGCAAUUUUGACAACCUACUACAAUUGUUAGUCACAUAUAUACUAAAAAAAAAAAAAACCCACACGAUAGUAUUUAAUCCGGCCU